UCUAAUCAAACUAUAAUCACACACACCUUGUUUUACACUUGGCACUUCCACUCUCACUUUCCAAUCUUCUUCCUUCUUCUUCUUCCUCAUCAUUAUGAUACCUUUCUUCAUCCCCCAAAUCACCUGAUCUUUCAUCCUCCUUUGUUCUCCUUUCAUUUCACUCUUUCCUCUUUUUCUGCACCGUAUAUGCACUUCAUGACCCUCUUCUUCUGCUCAUUUCUUUGAUCCAGAUCACUUAUAUACAGUUUCAGCGAUUUUUUUUUCGGGGUCUGGAGUUUUGCAUAUACCCUUUUGGUUUACAAAGCUGUCAUCCAAGUUUCACUGUAAAAGUUCCCCAAUUCAAUCUUGUUAUGCAGAUCUGGGUACCAUUUUUUUGGAGCUAAUACGUAGAGACAGAUCCAAGAUUUUAAUGUUAGUCGGCCGAGGGUGCGAUUUAUUAUACAUUGUAUAUACAUGGUUCGAGCUGAAAAACAGUGAAUUUUAAUAAACCUGAUCAAAAGGGGUAGAUCCGAUUUUGGUGAUAAGUAUCUUUUCUUCCUUUUUAUUAUACUGUUGAUUAAAGGGACAUGUAAUUUUGUGUUUUUGUAUCUUUUGGUUCUCAAGAAUUGUGUUUUUGUAAAGAAAAAUUGUGGUUUGUAAUUUGGUUAAAGAUGGAAAUUUCCAGUGGACUGAGUCCUAGAGUGAACUCAGUUACAUCAGGUGAAGGUAAAAAAGAUGACCCAAAUCAUCAAAAAUUUGAAUUGGAAUCUAUUGAUUUGGUUUCACAUACGGAUCACCAGUUUCUUACUUUGAGUGCUCUAGAGAUUUUGAGGGAAACUGUGAGAAUUCUGCGGUAUAAUUCAAUAGGUUUCAUGACAAUUGCUGCAUUGCUAAUUUGCCCUGUAUCUGCUGUUGUUUUAUCUAAUGUAUUGGUCUAUCAGCCGUUUGUUACGAGACUGAGUAUGAGGUUAUUGCUUGUAGCCAAAACAAGUGGGCUUCCACUUGAGCCAUUUAUCAAGCAGUCCUGUCAUAAAUUCUCUGAAGUGGUGAUUUCAGCUGUAAUGUGCUUCCCUCUGUAUGUAACGUUAUCGGUGUUGUCAAAAGCUGCUAUAGUUUAUUCAGUUGAUUGCACUUACUCUAGGAAAAAGUUUGAUUCACAAAAGUUUUAUGUCAUUAUGACCAAGAUUUGGAAGCGGGUUGUUGUGACUUACCUGUGGGUGUGUGUUGUGAUUGCUGGAUGCCUCACAUUGUUUAUUGUACUUCUUGUUUCUGUGAGCAGUGUUUUCUCGAUCAUGGGGUUUCCUCCCGAUUUAAUUUUGUAUCCCGCAAUGAUAGUAGGGAUGAUUUUCUCUAUAAUUUUAGCAAAUGCUAUUAUUAUUUGCAACAUUGCAAUUGUGAUAUCUGUUUUAGAGGAUGACUCUGGACCACAAGCAUUGCUUAUGUCCAGUUCACUCAUCAAGGGGCAGACACAAGUUGGACUUCUCAUAUUUCUUGGAUCAACUAUUGGGAUGGCAAUUGUGCAGGGUUUGUUUGAGCAUAGAGUGAAGACAAUAAGCUAUGGAGAUGGAUCUUCAAGAUUAUGGGAAGGGCCCCUUUUGGUGAUAUUGUACUCAUUUGUGAUACUUAUUGACUCUAUGAUGAGUACUGUUUUCUACUUCAGUUGUAAAUCGUAUAGAAUGGAAACCUCAAGUGAAGAAACUCAACCUGUGCUAGAAGCCUUGACUAUUUCUUCAGCAUUAGCAGAAGUCCAGUCACAUGUUUGAAAUUCGAAUUUAAGGCUCUUGAAGCUACUGGAAGUUAUUUUGACAAGGAUUCAAUUUAUGCGUCUCUUGGCAAGAAAAAGAAUGAGUUGAAUCCUUGAGAAAGUUAUCAGAUGCUGAAGGCGGAUAAGUUAUAUGGUUUAGCCUAGUUGACCACUUCAUCAUAAAUAGCUUCUUUGCAGAUCUGUUGUCUGCCAACAUAUAUCAUAUUUAUUACCAGAAGAAAAUCAUUUGAAAGAUGGUAAUUUAGGAUUCUUGCACAGUAAUAAGCUGUUGAAAACCUCAGCUUGAGAUUUUAAAAUUUUAAGCAAUGUACUUUUUGUCAUUCACAAUUUAUAAAGAUAUCUUUGAGUUUUCUUUCAUGGUCAAUUAUCUGUCUCCAUUUGCAUGUUAUGCAGUGAGUGAUUGAGCUUAAAACAACUGUAAUAAAUAGAGUGUGGCUUUCUAAUAGGAAUGUCGUGAGACCUUCAUAGAGCUCCAUAAUUGAUGAUUUUUAUUUUGGAAUAGCUUUCAUAAUUAUUCUUCUUUGUUUAGGAAAUGUCUCUUAAGAAUUAUUUCCUAAAAACUAGUGCCACUUUCUUCUCUUUUCUUUAUUAUACUCUCUCUGUCUCUCUGUGUGUGAGUGGGGGUGGGGGACUUCAGUUGUGGUUUUCCACAAUAAACAGGUUCUCUCACUAAAUUAUGAGAAGUAUGCAUUGGGGAUGGAAAAAGAGGAACUCACAGAUUCUCUCUUCUCUUGGAAACUAGAAACUGGGCUAAGGAGAUUCUAGGAUAUAAUACUAGGUAUCAAUCUCGUGAAAAUGUUUUCAUGUAUCUCUUCCUCUGUGUCGUUACUUUUUGUUUUACUUGCAAAAAAAUGAUCACCUUUUGUCUUUAGACGCGAGCGAGUGUGCCAUUAGAGAAAUCAUUGGAAAAUUGGUACUGAUAGACGAGGAAGUCUUAUAACUUGAGAACUGGCAAGGUGUUAUUUGAGUAAUGACAUAUUAGCCAGGGAGUGAAAGAAGAGCCCAGCAUUCCUCUGUAUUACCAACUGAUCCAUCAGGCGUCAGCUAUUUUCAGUGUCGAAGAUGCACAAAUGCUGCACUAUCAAUCGAUAGCAAACUGGUGAUGCAAUGGUCUCUGCAUUUGGUUUGUAAAACCUGCUAAGGUCACGUCCGUCAGGCGAAAAUUAUAUAAGAUGUUGGCACUUACUUUCAGGCAGAAGUUGCAAAUGUAUGGCGGAGAAGUUGAAUACUAUCAUGUAGUGUAGUUUGAAUAUGUGGCGCAGUGUAGAGUGCAGAAGCUAUUAAGGUUUACUCUCAUUAAGUGGGGGAAUCUGUUCCGUGCAAUCACAAAUUCUUCACUUGGCUUGGAAUGUAUAGAAUUUGAAGGUACCCUCAAAAUGUUUGGUUUCCCUGCUUUGUAUGCUUAUAGAGUCAGUGUUCUGAUAGGUUGAUCUUCUUCAUUUGCUAAUAAUCUUCAUUUUAUCAUGUCAGCUUAAAUUAUUAGGGCUUUCCCAUUGUCAUCUCUCAUUCGGAAGCUGAAGUUCAUAGCUAAAGUAAAAGCUUUUUAAUGAAUCAUUAUUUCUUGGUAGAUUUGAGUGCUGAUGAUAUUCUACAAUCAUGUAGAUCGUAUACUUUUGAAGCAACCUCUCUACCUCAGAGAGGUAGUGGUAAGGUGUUCUUACACUCUACCCUCCCCAGACCCCACUUUGUGGGUUUCAUUGGAUUUGUUGUUGUUGUAGUCUAGAGUCAAGUCUUCUCCUAGUGAAAACUUAUUUACCAUGGUCUUUUGGGGGUUUAGAGUGGUAAAGGACACACUUUGUGAUGGAUGAUGUGUACGAUUGUUGGUGCUUGGGUGCAAAUGAACAGCUGCGGCAUCACAAAAGUUUUAUCUACCUUUAGUAUCUGCAUGUAUAGUGGGUUUCUUUUAAUUAAUAAUUAAUUUGGUGUAAAGCAGAUAAUUGUUCACUAUGAAGUGUUCUAAUCUAUAUAACAGCACCUCAGUCGUAAACAAUUAGUUUUAUGUAAAUGCAGUACAUAUUUGUGUUGUAUUUAAGUUACAGUUUGAGCCAUCUCAAGAACUUUUAUUGAAUAUAUUGCUUCAUUCAGUCAAAUGCUGUGUUCUGGGGUUACUUUCCUUUGCUAGAGCCAUAAAUAGAUUCAUUUGCUGUAUCCAAUCGUAUAUGACAGUUUUGAUGAUUCCUUUGCAUAUGCCUAUUGCAUGUGAUAGUUUAUGCACUACUUAAUUCAGUGUGGAACAGAAUCCACUUAGCAUAUUUGUCUUUUCUGUGUUUUCUGGAUCAGUUUAUUGAGGAACCCGAAUGAGGGAGCUAAAAGAAGAUAUACUGCAUUAUCAGAAGUUGAGAUAUCUCUGGGGUCCCUCUACUUGUGUCAUUUGGUAAGUUGCAGUGGUUUUGUUCAUGAAGGGAAGACAUCACAAGACUAUUCUGGAACAGUUAACACAAACACUUGAUAAGCAGAAAUGACUAAAUGACCAUCAGAUGCUGCAUUAAGUUGAGAGAAUGGUAUGUUUUUUUUCCAAGUGAAUAUUUACAGCCUCCUCUCUCCCAAUGCCCAAUGGAAUAGGCCAGGUUGAAGAUGGUAUCACUAGUCUAUGGCUUAAGUCAUGAACGGCCCCUUAUAGUUGUCCGCAUAAUUCACUUAGACACCUCAACUAGGACUUGUACCUAUUGGACACCUCUACUAAUUCGGAUUUGAACCUUUGAACACUUUUUUGACAAUCACCUAAAAGUAUGAAAUGUGUGUAAUACACUCGCGAUGACAUGGAAAAUUGACAAAUCAAUUACGUACAUGUGGCAUUUUGACGGAAAAAAAAAGAAAAAAGAAAAAAUUCAAGUGUUGUCAUCACUUUGAAAUCCUAUUCGUCACCAUAGUCCCCUCCUCGACCAUAGUUUUCAUCACCUUCAAAUCCUCUUAACCCACUUUUCUUUUUUCAGAUCUGUUUUUUUAAAGUUGAAAAUAGCAAAUUGCAUAUGCCUAAAAAUUAAUCAAUACGUGAACCUACAAAAUAUGAACCACUUAUAAUUUUAGAUAUCAAUAAAAUCAUUGACUACAUAAUCAUCUAAGCAUAUUCGUUUUUUUUUAUUUUAAAUCUGAUUUGUUAGAUAUAUUUUCAAUAAAAAAAAUUGAAGAAGAAGUCAUUGUAUGGGUCUAUAUUUUUUCCCGUAAAUAAGAUCACAAUAUUUAACAAAUUUAAAGAAAAUGGAAAAGGAAAUCAUAAUGGUGUUUCUAUAGUUGAAUAUGAUAGAGGUGAGGGGGAAGGAGAGGAAGAGGAAGCAGGAGAAAAGAAAAGGGUGGAAGGUGUUGGUGGCAACAUCAUCAGCGAAGAUGGUAUUGGUUUUGGAAGAAGUUAUGGCUAAGGAAGAAGGAAGAAGAAAGAGAUUUAAAAAAAAAAAAAAAACUAAAAUACGUUCUGACGCGCUGAAUGGAUGUGUAUUACACCUUCCUUGCCGUGUCAGCGAAAAGUGUCAAAUAGGUACUUAUUCUGAACAAUAGAAGUGUUCAAUAGGUACCAAUCCUAGUUGAAGUUUCUAAAUGAAUUAUGCAGACAACUUCAAGGGGUCGCAGAUGACUUUAGCCCUAGUCUAUUGAUUCUAUCAUCAUUCAUCAUGGUCAUCACCAAAAUGGCUUCUCCACUUAAUUGACCUUUGCACGAUCCUUUUAGGUGUCUGACCAUUAUCUUACCAGAUGCGUCAUGUCCUGACUAGUGCAUACCUUGACAAUGGAGUUUCCUUCUGAAGAGUCAUGCUAGAUGUUGAUUGUACUGCGAAGUACCUAACUCUUCAGCUCCUGAUGAUGACAUCCGGAAUUUUUGUUUUCGCGCUUUAUAUGCUUAUAGAUUCAGUUUUCUGGUAGCUUGUUCAUCUUCAUUUGCUAAUGCUCUUCAUUUAUCAUAUCAACUUUCCCGUUGAAAUCUCUCAUUCAGAAGCUGAAGUCCCUAGCUAAAGUGAAAGCUUUUUAAUAAAUCAUUAUUUCUUGGUAGAUUUGAGUGCUGAUAUCUUUUACAAACAUGUAGAUGAUAUAAUGCUUAUUUUCCAGGUUCACAUCAGACAUCAAUUGUAAUUCCUUUCUAUAUAAAGCUGUGAAUCACCUUUCACCAGACUGCUAUCAUACAAUCCCUUUUUUAUACUUGGAGUAUGGAGAUAAAUAUACAAUCAUAUCAGACUGUUUUCAUUAACUCGAGCCUAGGAUCUUUCAGAAGCAUACUCUAUCUCGGAGAGAUAGUGGUAAGGCAUGUGUAUACCCUACCCUCCCCAGACCCACUUUAUGGGAUUUUAUUGGGUUUGUUGUUAUUGCUGUUGUAGUCUGGAGGGCUUCUCCAAGUGGAGAACUUAUUUACCAUGGUCUUUUGGGGAUUUGGAAUGUUAAAGAAGGGCACACUUUGUGAAGGAUGGUGUAUAUACAAUUGUAGGUGUUUUGAGUGCAAAUGAACAGUUCCUGUAUCACACAAGUGUUAUCUGCCUUUAGGAUCUGCAUCUAUAGUGGUUUUAUUUGUAUUAAUUUGGUCCAAAGCAGAUGAAUUGUCUAUUAUGAAGUGUUCAAUCCAGAUAACAGUGCCAUAGUCCCAAACGUUUAGUUUAACGUAAAUGAAGUACAUAUUUGAGCUGUAUUUGCAUUAACUUUAAGCCAUCUCACGAACUUUUAUGGAAUAUAUUGCAUCAUUCAGUCAAAUGCUGUACUCUGGGGUUACUUUUAUUUGCUAGUGUAAAAGUCAGCUAGAUUCAUUUGCAGCAUUCCAACUGUAUAUGAUAGUUAUGAUGAUUCCUUUGCAUAUCGCUAUUGCAUGUGAUAUUUAUGCACUACUCAAUCCAGUGUGGAACAGAAUCAACUUAGCAUAUUUGUUUUUCUAUGUUUUUCUGGAUCAAUUUAUGGAGAAACUCGAAUGAGGGAGCUAAACAAAGAUGAUAUACUGCAUUAUCAGAAGUUGAUAUAUUUCUAGGGUCCCUCUUUCCCUAUAUCCAGUGGAAUAGGCCAGGUUGAAGAUGUUAUCAUUAGUCUACUGAGUCUAUCAUCAUGAUCAGUAUCAAAAAGGAUAUUUGCACUAUCCUUGUAGGUGUCUAAUCAUUAUCUUCCUUACCAGAUGCCUCAUCUCCAUCGCUAGUGCAGAACUUACUGAAGAGUCAUGCUAGAUGUUGAUUGUCCCGCGAAGUACCUAACUUCGUCAGCUCCUGAUGAUGACAUCUGAAAUGGGUGAAUAUCAGGAGAGUCUAAACUGCUCUCUGAAGAAGCAACACCACCUGAGGUAGAAACUUGGCUGGCCCUGGAGUCAUUUUGGUAAGGUGGUCGAGCUACAUUCUUCUGUAUGUCUGAUCAUUUCACCGCUCUUUCUAAAGAGACAGAAAUGUAAGUAAAGUCAAAACUUCUUUAUAACAACAGUUUACUAGGGAAUUGGUUUUUUA